AGUCUGUGCAGACACUCAGUGAAAGAUGAGUGAGGGAUGAGGUGCAGCGAAUACGUUCCAGGAGCCUCGGCGCUCAAGAAAACUUCGAAAAGUCCAUCUAAGAGUCCAUCUAAGCAUCAGCCACCCCUAGUUACUCCGGAUGAACAUAUUCAACGUGUAAAACUACAUCUUCGCCGAUUUCUUACAUCCAGACGGACGCUAUCGCUACGCGAUGACGACGAGCCAGCAGUGAAGAAAGGAAAGUUUGACGAAGAGAAAGAAAUCGAGCAUUCUUUCGACGAAACCACAGAAUUUAACAACCGUUCAGAUUUUGAAAGAACGGAGGAGAACCAAACAAAUACUUCUUCAUCAUCUCCUUAUCCGUUUACGACUAUUAACGGUGGUAGUGCCGGAAGUGAUUUUAGUCCCAAGUCGAGCCCAUUUAGUCCACUGUCUUCUCCAACGCCCGUCGCUGAUUUCACGGACGACGACGACUGUCUAUUACCCGCAACUCCUCCGGAGUUAAAGGAAGGUCUAGACUCAGAUACUAUUACGUUCAUCCAUAGAAUCUACUGCAGAGAGUGUAGAAUGGAAGAGCAAAAACGUUGCGGAGAGGACGAAGCGUCACCAUCGUCACCUUGCGUUCAAGUCGAGCACAUGUCGAAUGAUUUAGAAAAGAAUCGAGACGUACUGGAAAGGCGAUUAAACCAGAGACGAUCUAUCAGUGAAUCAAUUGGCCAAGCUUUAUCGACUCCACCUCAUUACGCCACCCAACAAAAACAACUGCAACUUUCCAAGACGAGCGAUCUUCUAAAGCAGAAAAUCGAGCAGAGGCCGGACAGGAAGUCGCUAGUUGACCAGAACAUUCUUGAUGACUGCAAUAUAGAUCCAUCGUUGUACGAUAGACAGAGGCAAUUAAAGAAAGCCAGACUACAAGACGAUUUAUCAGAGCAUUUAAAAAAUAGACCUGGUCCGUUAGACUUAGUGAGGGACAACAUUCUACCAGCAGAUCAAGAUUUACAAGAGGCUUUACUGAAUGAUGAUAGUCAAUCGGCGGAUGAUGAGCAGUGGUUAACAGAUGAUUUAGAAGUGGAUGAUCUAAAUAUUACAUCAUUGAUUGAUAGACUACAAGAAGGUUUUCUUGAUGGAGCGAACACUUCAUCGAACACGUUCAACUUAGUUAAUUGCUCUCAAGCGACUUCGCCAGCUUCCAGUACUUGCAGUACAGCUAGUAGCACGGCUGGAGCAAACAUUUGCAGCUUUCGAAGAUCACGAGAUAAGAUACGACAGCAAAAGUUUACACAGCGAAACAAAAUUAUAAAAUUCCAUGAGUAUAAGGGGCCGCCAAAUCGUAAGAAGAGUCCGAUAAGGCAAUCUCAACCAUCUCCACCAGUCGUUGUAGACGACGAGCCGCCUCCAGACACAAACUAUGGAGCUAUUCUUAAACAGCAGCAAAUGUACUUAGAUUGGGAGCAAAAUUCUACUCAAAUAAAACCUCCAACUCCUGUAACGCCUCCCCCAAAUCCGAAACCAGUGAAAACGAGCCCGAAGACGCCGAUCAAAGCUUUAGAUGACCUUCGGGUCAAUGAUCUGAAGAGUGAGUGUCGUAAGCGUAGCCUACCGGUAUCGGGUCCCAAACCACAUCUGUUGGAAAGAUUAAAGCAAUUUGCUGAAGAAAUUGUCACAAAUUAUAAUGCUGCUUUAAAGUCGACCCCUGAGACCCCUACAAAGGAGGAGGCGGAUGUUACCUCUCCACCGCAGUUGUCGCCGCCUAAUUCUGUAGACGUAAACGAUAACCCGAACAAAGAUGAAUUGCUUCGUCAACAACAACAGGAGAUUGAACAAUUAAAAAAGGCGCUGGCAAUGUCUGAAGCAAAACUGCAACAGAAAGAAGGCCAAGGGAAACCUACUCCCCAGCCUAUUCGUCCAGCUCCGCCGCCCAAAUCAUCAUCGGCGCCUCUAAUCGCCCAAAUUCGCGUUUUACCGACCAACAAUGGCUCAAAUUCCGCUCACCCACCUUCUCAGAACAUUAAAAUGGUUAUCGCUCAUGCUCUACAGCAGGCACUAGGUCAAGGAAUGAGUUUGGGUACUGGAUCGAAGGUUGUCCAUCUGAGAACAACCCCCAGCGGCCAAUAUCAAGUGAUCGUAUCAAAUCAUACAAUUGAUAGCGCAAAAAGUUCGACGAAAUCGGAAACGCCGACUACCAAAAUGCCUCCCAAUUACGAACAAGUUGUCAGGGGCCGAAGCGAAGAGGUUAUGCAAUUCGUUAACCCGAUUAUGGACCAAUUAAGCAAUAAACAAGUCGAAGUUCAAAUUGAUGAUGGAACCACGACCGAAAAGCAGUUCAAGGAUGUUCUAGAUGUAUUGCUAUCGGACGAGGCGGAACGUAUUAACGGCGCACUGGAAUGGAAUGAUGAUUUGAUGCAGCUGCCAGUGCCGACUGAUACAACAUUGGCAUCAAAUCUAGCCCCUACACCACCCAGUGUUUCAUGCUCGUCCAAUGAGCUCGACGACUGGCUGGAAAGUAUUGUCGGGACUCCUUCCGAACCGUCUUCCGUUUUACCGUCAUCCAUCGAUUUCCUCUUCAACGACCUUCAACCCACGCUUGACCCGUUAUUGGACACUUGAUUGGACCACUCUCCUAUUUUCAUUCCGGCGCGAUGGGAACGACCAGUUAUAGACAUUCCCCUGCACCAUUCCAGCGCCGCCCUCUUCUUCUCCUUUUCUUCUAAGAAGUAUGAAAAAGCAAGCGUGCAGUGCCUUUUCUUCCUUGCAGCACACAGUAAAUAGUUGCCGUUAUAGUUCCAGGUAGUUAGACCUCGUAUUUAUUAUAAUUUAAUUUAUUCGUAGCGUCUAAUUAUUUCAAUACGCCCCUUUAGAAUUAGGUUGCGUAUACAUUAUAUGCAGAAUGUUUCUUUUUUUUUUCUUGCUCUACAUAAAAACCACAUACAAGCAUAAAUUCAUUCAAGUAUAUAUAUAAUAUAUAUAUAUAUAUAUAUAU